AGAUGUCGGCUCGGUCAUGUGAUCAGCUGUGUCCAAUCACAGCUGAUCGCAUGGCACUGAUGAUCAGUGUGGCCCCAGAAGUGCCACCUGUCAGUGUCCAUCAGUGCCAGCAGUCAGUGCCACGUGCCAGUGCCCAUCAGUGCCACAUCAAUGCAUACCAGUGCACAUCAAUGCCACAUAUCAGUGCCCAUCUGAGCUGCCUUUCAAUGUCACCCAUCAGUGCCACCUAUCAAUGCCAAUCAGUGCUGCCAAUCAGUGCCACCUAUCAGUGCAGCUUAACAGUGCCAGUCAGUGCAGCUUAAGAGUGCCAGUCAGUGCCGCCUAACAGUGCCAUAUAACAGUGUCAUGUAUCAGUGCUGCCUUUCAGUGCCCAUCAGUGAUGCCUGUCAAUGCCCAUCAGUGCAACCUACCAGUGCCUCCUCAUCAGUG